CACUUUCUCCUCCCUGCUAUAUGGCGUUUUCUUCCCUUUCAAGCUCAUUAUUGUCACCGGAAGUCACCAUCAAAGUCAGUUCCACGCUCGAUAAAUCAGUCGGAAAGAAGUCUCUCAUCGACAACAAUCCAGAGACAUGUUGGACAUCACAACAGGGCCUCCCACAAUACAUCCAACUCAACUUUCCAGCACCCGUGAUACCCGAGACGAUAUCGAUAACCUUUCAAGGUGGAUUUGUCGGCAGAAGAUGUGUAGUACAAGUCAGACAGCCAGGAGAUGAUACUGCAUCUAAGGAAUGGAAACCCUUGACGAUUUUAUACCCGGAAGACGUCAACCGACGUCAAAGUUUUGAUCUGCACCCUCAAGACGAGUUCAUUUCUUUGGAGAAAGGCGUCGAAAGUAUGAAACUGACCUUCGUGGAAAGCUCAGAUUUUUUCGGCAGAAUUACGGUCUACGAUGUGAAGCUAGAUGGUUUGGUAUCGAUUUAG